AUGUCCACCACUGCUAUCUCGUUCCGGCUCCCCAAAGCUGCGAGCCAAGGCUUCCAGAACGCUUCUGCUUACGACACCCACCGGCCCUCAUACCCUCAAGAAGCCGUCACUUCGUUACUUUCCGCGCUGGGACUGCUGGGCAAGCAAAAUACCAAGAUCCUCGAGAUUGCCGCUGGCACGGGGAAGUUCACCGAGCUGCUUGCCAACCGAGAGGAGGGAUUCAACGUGAUAGCCGUUGAGCCCCACGGGGACAUGAGGGGUCAGCUCGCUGGGAAGGGGCUAAAGGGUGUCGAUGUGAGGGAUGGUCAUGCGGGAAGGUUGGCGGUGGAGGAUGGGGAGUGGGCGGAUGGGUAUAUUGCUGCGCAGAGCUUUCAUUGGUUCGCAAAUAAGGAGACGUUGAAGGAAGCUCAUCGAGUCUUAAAAAAGGGGCGAGGGUUAGGUGCGAUUUGGAAUAUUGAAGAUUACAACAAACCCCGUGAGUGGAAGGCAACGACUACGUGGGAGGAGAAACUGAACUCAUGGAUUUAUUCCAUAUCAUCCGACGGCCAGCCUCGUUUCCGCGAUGGCCAAUGGAGAGGUGCCUUGGAGGACCAACAACUAUUCGCGCUUCCACUUAGUGAGGAAACCGUGAAAUGGACAGUGUGGCUGUCGGAGGGUGCGCUUUGGUCUCGUAUCAACACUCUCAGCCAGGUGGCGAUACUGGAAGGGUCAGACAGAGAGGCGGCUGUCAGGGUGUUCAAGGAGGCGCUUCAGUCACCAGAUGUUGAGAGGAACGAGAAGGGAGAGAUUGCUCUUCAUGGCGUUACCUACUUUGUGUGGACCAAGAAGCUCGACUCUUGA